UCCGUGGCUCUGUGUUGAUGCGCUGUCUGUCUGUAGGUGGUGAAGCCUCGGCGGGGACGCUUUUGUUUUUAUGCUAAUAUUUUUCUUUUACAAACUGCGGAGCUUUUGUCAGCGCUCAGGUUUAUAUUGGGGGGAAUGAUGAGCACAUUCAUCUGUGGCUGAGGAAGCUGUCCUGUCCCUGAAGAGCCUCUUGAGAUCGUCUAAGCCUCUGCCAUGAGUUGUUUGGAUGUUAUGUAUCAUCAGAGUUAUGGAGCUCAUCACUACCUGCCCGCGACUUCAGCAGCAGCAGCAGCGGCUUACAAAGCGGCAUAUUACCAGCAGCAGCAGCAGCAGCAGCAGCAGCAACAGCAGAAGAAGUUCAGUGCCUACAGCAGGAUGCAGGACUCUGAGGAGUUUCGCUCUGACUGUGGCCAGAGUAAGCAGCCUGGAGCGCUGAAGCCCCGUCCUGAGCCUGAGCUCUCACCAGAGGAGGAGCAGAGCGCUGGUGAAGAGGAGCGCUGCAAGGAGACGCAGCCCGCCGAGGCCGAGUACUUGAGCGCCAGGUGUGUGGUGUUCACUUAUUUCCGUGGAGACAUCGGGGAUGUGGUGGACGAGCAUUUCUCACGUGCGUUGAGCCAGGCCAGCGCCUUCAGCAAUGACGCCAAGACCAGCAGACUUCAGUCAGGAGGACCAUGGAAAGAAGGAAACUCCCACGCCGAGGGUCAACCUUUACCGUCGUCCCUGUGGGGUAGCGGUUACCCAUCUCAGACCUCAUCUCACCCUGACUUCCCCCUCGCCGCUGCCUUCCACCCUGCCGACACUGGCCUCUGGAGCAGCCACAGCCUCGCGCAGACCGGCCUGCACCCUCCCUCUGCUCUAACUGACUCUUGGCACUACGGCCUGGGGGCCCAGGGUGGAGCGGGAUACCAUCACGUACACGAGAUGUACCCUCACAUGCACCCCCGUCAUCCACCCCCACACUCCCACGCCCACCACAUGCUCCAUCACGCCCACAGCCCCGCUCUGGACCCGCGCUUCAGCCCGCUUCUGCUGCAGGGAGUAAGAGCAUCUUGCAGCCCGACGUCCUGCGCAGACGGAAUCAAAACUGAGCUGGAACCGAGUAGCAUCCCAGCACCGAGCUGGCCCGCUUCUUUCCAUGGGUCAGUGGACAUCUAUCAUGAUACAGUGCUUGAGCAAGACAAAGCGAAGGCCAGUGUUUGGUUCUGAGACAGAGGAGAUCGACUGGACUCCAUGCCUGAGACUGGACCACUUCUGCAGCUGAGGCCCACAGCACUGCGUGUGGAUUCCUUCCUCACAGGACUUUCUUGGAAACUAUUCAGGGGAACAUCAGUCUCUAUCAGUGAGACGAGCACAAAAACAGCUUUGGGCAAAACUAGUGUUUUUGUAAAGCAUACCAUCCUGUCUGAGCUUGUGCCCGCUCAUGGACAGAGAUCCAGUUCUGGACGCUUCUGUAAAGACCCCAAAUGAAGUUGAAGAGGUAUAUCUCCCUCUUUCUUUACACAAAAGAGGUUUUCUCGAGACGGCUGAUGCUUUAGAACUGCGUUUAUGUACUUACCACAGGUUCUGUUGAAAGAACUGAUUGUAUUCGUACAGCAGGCAGAAAUGUGUGAGAAAAUCUUGAUUUACUUUAAUAUAUUUGUCUUGUGUUUUCUGUUCAUGUUAAUAGAUUGUUUUUGAUGUCUGCCUUCGAGGAAUAAAUCAUUCGUUUUACUGCUAUACAUAAACUGCUAAGUUUUAUUGGCAAACAAUCUGUUUUGUUUGGAUGGAUUCAUUAAAUCAUUUCAGUGAUUACUGUCUCUUUAAAUGUUGUCAGUCGUAGCGCUUCAUAAUUUCGCAUUUAUUUUAAAUCUGUUUACUUUCCCUCAUCAAUAAGGCAUUUUAGAGGUCAGUGGCACCAAAACACCGCUUAUGCUGCUCUUGACCAAUUUUGGGAAGGAAAUAAGGAGAACGCAAAGUCCCAGAAGGGAUAGUGUCAUUCCAUUCACAUUUAAGCUGCACAAUCUGGGACGUGUCAUAAAUGGAGUUAUAUUGCAAAAAUGUUUAUGUGAAUGCUCUUAAAUGUCAAAAGUCGGUAUGCGCUUCCUGUCUGGCGGUCCAAGACGACUUGAACAAUUGCAGUUAAAACAGACUCCUCUCAUCCACUGCAGAUACGUCCUAAUAGAGGUCCAGAUAAACCGAAAGAAUGUGGCGAUCGGCCCCUUCAUGUAUCUUUGACCCAAAUCCUACACGAAGAAUGCAAAGAGCGUAGAAUAUGCAGUCUGGUGUGAAAUCGAACAUUAUUUUGGAGAGCUGCAGCUUUAAAUAUUUUUAUACAAGCGCAGUGCCAGAUAUUGCAUUAUAUUCGUCGUAAAAGACAGCUGUUGGGCUGGUUGUCCUGUGGCAGUGUGAAUGUGUGAGAUCUCUGAGCCUCACAUUCUUCACAUCAGCAGCUGCUCCAUACUGAGGCACAAUUAGACACUACUCCAUGAUAGAUUUCUCAAACUCAAAAAGAUUGAAUGUAUACACUUGUGGUGUGUGUUUUUAAAAAAAAACUGUAUUUGCAGAUAAUAUAAUAUCAAUAAAUGAA